CCCCGUCCAACCUGACCUUGAAUGUUUCGAGGCACAGCCUCUCUCCUGGCAGCCUGCAGUGACCCUUCAUGCCGUGUAUCCGGGAGGGAAGCCCACAGGCAAUUUAGAGCUUUAAAUGCUUAUUGCAGGUCUCUUCCUCCAGGUACUAUAUAAGGGGUAAUACUAUAUAAAUGAAGUGACUGCUUUAGAACUGUAAUUUUAAGUAGAUUGCCCUUGUGGAAAGCUCUGGGUUACCUGAAGGGUUGUCCCGUUUUUCUCCCACACCACAUGAGUGACACAGCUGCCUGGCUUCUUCUUCACUCCUGCUUUGGGUUCGAUGAUGGCCAAAGGUCACCUCCAAUUCGGUGCUAGCACAAAGCCAGGAGCUGCCACUGUAAUACUGAACCCUUGGAAUCCUCAGCUAUCCCUACCUGUGUGUACCUGCUUGGAUGCAAGCCAGGCUUUUCAGGACAAAAGGCUCUGUUUUCUCACAUGGAGCCAACAGACCACCUGUCACCUGUUGCAUCAGUGAUGAAUGACAGCCACUUUUGGGAUGAGCUUUAGUCCUGCAACAAAGAGCAGGAACCAGCCAAGAGCAAGGACUGCCAACGUUGCAGUCUGGUAUUUCCAGCGUGCUGCAGGCAGCGAUGCAUGAAACUGGAACGUGGACUUCAAGGAGAAUAAUGCUUCCCCAGAGAGACAGUCCCUUUCCCAGCUGGGAGCCUGAGGUGAACCCCAGGAAAAGAAAUUUCUUUGCAAAAUUAAGAGGGAAACUGACUUUAGAGAGGUGGGAUUACUUUGCCUGUAAUUGUAACUUCCUCCUUCCAGGAACUGCUGCCAAUAGAGUGUUAAACAGAUUAUUCCAGAAAGAAAUGGCUGGGAUCUGUGAGGUUUCUCAAGGCAAAUUUGCUUUUCCUUUUCAUAUUGUCUUUAAAGUUAAAGCAGCAUCAUAACAAAGGAUUUAGGAUGUACAUCAUACGUGCUUCUCAAACACUAAAAUAUCAAAAAGUCAAUUUGUUGUUUUCCAUAUUGCUUGUAAAGUUUUCUGGUUUUCACAUUUACCCCCAGAUCUGGAUGAUCUCAGAGGAGCAUUCUCACCAGUUAUCACUCAUUCAUUUUCUUCUGAGGUAUCACACUUCUGAUGGGGUGGGAAUCAAGUACAAGCAAUGCAAGCAUGUGUAAGCAAAUGGCAGAGAAUAAGGAAAUUUUAAAAAAAAAUCAAACCCAUGGUGUGAACACUGCUGGUUUGCAGCUUACUUAGAAAUCUGGGAAACGUAUUUCUUGAGUUGAGAUGUGUCAAAAUGCAGGAAGAUGUGAGGGGCCUGGCUGCUUUUGGUCUUAACACAGAGUGAGAAUGAUGGCAGUGUCCUCACCUAAAUGCAGAACAAAACUUAGUGACAAGCAUCACUCACUUGUGGCGUGCACACAGCAGGGCAAUACAGUUGUCUUGCUGGAUUUAGAGCUGGAUAGAACUGUCCUACACAGAGCUCUGAAGGAAACCAUCCAGACAUCUAAAGUUAGCAUAAAAAUUGGCUGGAUUUUUUUGUCUUUUGAGCAAAGAUUCCUUUCUGUCCCUUGGUGAUGAUAUCCCUCAGUGUGCACACAAGCCACAAUCCACCCUCUGUGAUCCCCACAGGUGCAGUGCAGAACUCAGCCAAGAUGUUCCUUCCUGCCUGCUCCUAGCCUGCCCAUUCCUGACCCUAUAUGAGCACAUACAUUGUGCAGAAGAAAUUUAGAUAUUUUCCCAUCUCUGAGCUCCAUGAAAUUGGGAUGGCUGGGGGAAUCAGUUCUAAACCACAGGAAAAAAUAACCAGCAUCAUGGCCAUAAGGACUGGGGUCAGAGCAACAGCUGUUCAGCUUCUUGGCCAGGGCUGCUAGAACUGAUCAUAUAGGGGAGGGCUACUUCAUUGUGCCUUUCUAACAUCCAGGGACCAAAGGAACAAGCAUUGUAUGUCAGGGAACCCUGUGUCUGCAUCCCAGAAAAUGAAGCUGAAGGCAGCGGAGGACACCAAAGAUCAGAGUGCAGCAAGAGAGGAGGGUAGAGAGCUGUUAGGGAGCAGUGCUUAGAAAGCCAGAGGCAGAUGGAAAAUGCUCAUGGGGCUGAUUUCUCUGUCAAGAGAAUAUUCUGUGCUCUUACCUGCUACAAGCAUGGGGCGUUUAUUCCUUGUGUUCAUGCUCUGAAGUGUUGGAGCCUGGGGGCUCUGGUGUCUCAAUGACAUUGUCUGGCAGUUGUUAUAAGCAGCUCUGUCAUUCCUCACCAGUCCCUUCUUGAAAGCCAUAAAAAUUCUGUGUUCCUCUGCCCAUGUGGAACACCACAGCACUACAAUGUUGAGUCCUGAGCUAGUUCCAGACCUGAACUGUGAUGUUCUGCAAAACUUUCACUUCCUUGGGUUUUUGUUCAUUUUGAAUUGGCUAAGUUUACACUCUAUUGCAGUCAAAAAUGUCUGGUUUUCACCAUUUUACAUGGGGUAGACUAAUUCACUUUACUUUCCUGUAAAUUUCCUGUGUGAUUGUAGGAAAUCACACUCCAAAAAGAUUAUUUGACCUGUCCUUGUGACUAUCUGUGAUGGAGAUGUCACAGUCCCUUAGCAAUACUUUGUUUCACUGCUCUUACUAUCUCCAAAGUUUUCCUAAUGGCUCAGUUUUCCUUGCUGUAGUUAAGCCCCUCUCCUUUCAGUGAUAUUAGUCACAGCCACAGGGAACAGACUAUUCCUUCCUGUUCUGCAGGCAUUCAUGCAUAGAAAGACUGUUGAACAUCUCCCUCAGCUGUGCUCUUCCAACCCCAACAUCCCUGUUCCCAUGCAGUUCAUUCCCACACAUUUUCUUUUCUGAUGAUUCCUGCUGCUUUCUUCUGAUUUCUUGCUGUGUGCUCUGUAUCUUCUUGGGAACAACGCCCAAAGCUGAAUGCCAGGCUGCCAUUUGGCCUUGUCCAAAAUGAGCAGCACGAGAUCUAUUUGGGGCCUUAUUCCCAGUUACACACUUGCCAAGGUGUUUGCUAUUUUGCCCCGGGAAGAAUGUGCACAUUGAUCCCACACUGUGCAGAGCAUUUGCUGAGCUGGUUACUCUCCUCACACAACAAAGAACUGCUCACUUCUACCCCAACCACAGACCUUGCACUUGUCCUUUAAACUCAACUUUAAUCCUCUUCCCCAGUGCUCAUUCCACUGGAUGAGACACACCAUCUACUGCAUCACCCAAACCACUCCUGAGAACACCAACUACUGGGUCUCCUCUUUCCUGUCACAGUAAAAUUUCCAGUAGAAUUGUGGAAUUGCAUGUUAGAAUAUGUUUCAUCCUGCUUGUGUCUAGGUAAAAUCCCUGUAUGUUCCUUCACACACCUCCUGUGUGUGGAGGUCAUUCAGGCAGAAGUUGUUCCCAGUUUUUUCCUGAAUUGCCUUUAGGACAGAGGGUAAGAGGAUGCAGGGUGCUGCUUCCAAGAAGUGUAAAUUACAUUUCUGCAAAAGUUCAUUUAUUUACUGGGUGAGGAAGUGCUUCAGGAGGAAGAGAGCUUCUGAAGCUCUCUCAUCCUCAUUGUUGGCAAUCAGGGGUACAUUCUAAUUCAGUGUCUAUAGUUAGGCAGACCAAUUAUGAUCUAUCAUCAUAGCUUGUAUUUUUAAGGCAUACCUGUUUAUGUAAGUGCAACUAUUAGCGCAUCAACCAAUGCCUUUCAAAUGCCUUUGCAGGCAAACCUGUAAGAUCCUCUCUGGAAAAAAUAUAAUUCCUGACUUCUGCACUGGAGAAAAAGGUCAGGCAAAGAAUAAUGGCCAAAGCAUAAAAGUGAAACUUGGUGCAUAUGGAUAGCCCUGAAAAAUCUUGAGGGACCACCGUGCUCAUGGAUAAAAUCUCAUGGGGUGGCUGUGCACACUGAAACUGAAUUCAGUAAAGCUUCAAUAGAAGAGCCACAGAGCACAGGGAAGUGCUGAAACAAACAAGGAUGAUGUGGAUGAGACUUGCAAGAACUUUUUGUUCUUUUCAGGUCUGUAGCAUUUAUCAUUAUAGAUUCCAGCUGAUUUUAAAGAUUUGAAGAUUUGAGCACAGAGGACUCUGAAUGCAAUGGCCUUUUCCAGAGCACUCAGUAUGAGCCUUACUCCUGUUGCUCCAAUGGAUGAGUGCUAACAUUUUGUUCACUUAAGAAUAAAGGUAUUUAAACAUCAUUAAACGCUUGGAAAAGUCCCCAAGCCUGAAAACAGUCUAGAGGCACUCUGUAGGAAUUUGUAGCAGCAAUUCCCCAUUCUUUCUAGUACUUCAGGGCUGGGAGAGCCAAGCUGAUCUCCUGUCCCUGCUCCAGCUCUCCUGCCAUCAACCAUUGCUUCCAGACUUCAGGCAAGGCUGAAAGGCUCAAGUUGGACUUUUACAUGCUGGUGUCUCCAGGUGUCCUUUUCAGAAACUGGAAAUAAAUGGGCACCACAAACAGCUUCUAGAACAGGAGAGGAAAGAAAUUUUCAUAGAUGGAGUCUGAGAUGAAGAACCACUCAGAUGUGUCAGAUCAAAGUUUCUAUGUCACUUAGCUCAGCCAGAUCAGAGUAAGUGACAUUUCAGGCUCUUGGACACAGCUGGCUUUACAAUCUCACACCCCACUGUAUUUCUUUGGCCCUUAAAAUUCUGCUGAUUGUAUGACACUGAAUAAUAAUGGGAGACAAAAUGUGAGAACGAAAAAGUUUAUUGGAGAUUUUUCCCGGUGGAUGUUUGUCAUCAGAGACUUUAUGGCUGAGAACCAAGUGCUCCAGCCCCUGCUCCCUCCAAAGAACUUAUAGGUAACAUAUUGUAGAGUCUGUUCUUGCAAUGCAAUAUUUACCAGAAUCACUGCCCAUUAAAUCCCAGACUUUCUCUUUGAUAAGUAAUAUUUAGUUGUAAGUUGUACCAGCAAUUGUAACUUGGUAAUUAACAAUGGGUUGGAUACCUAAAUACAUAUUGGUGGUGUGUAAAUAAAGGUAAGAGAGGAAAAAUACCAAUAAUUUCUUAAAAUCUGAGUGAAAAUAGAAGGUGGGGAGAAGAGAGUGAAGGUGCUGAACAUUGCUUAUAUUUGCUUGCCAAUUAUUAUAAUUGCUUAUUUAAAAUGAGAAAUGCUUUGCACAUAGUUUCUCAUCUAGAAUGCUGUUCUGUAUAUCAAAAGAACAAAAUAGGAAUGCCUGACUUACUUGGGAAUAGUCACAAUGAUCCUGGCAGAUGAGACAUCUUGCCAUGCUGCAUGAGCCGUGCUGGAGUGAACACUCACAGUCAGGUAUACUCUUCCAGAAACACCAACUCUUCUCUACCAGCUCCCCUCACUGGUAGUGAAGAGAGAUGUUCAGCCCUAAAGCACCCAGCUACUGCUGGGCUUGACCAGCAAUUCUCAUGCAAACAGAAUUUCCAUAGACUGCACCUUUGAUUUUUGAUUUUUCAGUGCAAUACACUAUAGCAUUGCCUGGUUUUCUCCCAGGAGCUGCAUCCAGGUUUGGUUUUGAUCUCUGGAUGGGCAGAUUUCUUGAGCUAAUUCUAAAUGUUAUUUCAUGUUGUUUGAACAGUGCUUUUGUCUUCAGGUUGGGCUUUAUACUUACUCUGUGAUGUAUGCUUGAGUUAAUUGCACCAAAUAUACAAGAACUUGUUCAAAAUUGCUCCCUCUUUUAAGGUUCUGCUCUGAAGUGGAUCUUCAGAGGGGUUCCUCUUGGCCAGAGUGCCACCUCCUGUCCUGCCUUCUGGCACCUGCUGUUGGCUCUCACUGGAAGCAGCUUCACUGUUGAUCACACUUUCAGCAUGACAGAAUAGAUCUGGUCUAAUUAGUAGAUGCUACAUUUAAAUGAAAAGUGAGAAUCAGUCACAAAAUGAAUUCUCAGUAGUUUGCUGAAAUUUAGCUCUGUUCUCAGCCAUCCCUUUGCAAUCCUCCAGCUUCAAGAGAAGAAAAUGAAUUCCCUAAUUCCUCUAACUUCAGUGCGAACUUAAAGGAAAUGUGAAAAUUGUUGCUUCUUACAUUAGAAUUUAGGAGCUUAACAGAGGCUGUUUGAGUUCAAAGUGCUAAUGUUUCAUGUAGAAUAUUGUGCUCCUCUUGCUCCACAGAUUCCCAGCUGAGUGACUCCCUGUUCUGUGUUGGAUGGCAUGAACCAGGACCAGCAAUGACUGAGAGAGGGACCCUGAUGGCUGGGAGAAGGCUGGCCUGGUGAUUAUCUCCCUGGAGAAGCUCGGAGUUCCUCCUUGUAGCCCUCAUAGCACACUUCAAAGCCACUCACAACAUUCAGGAUCUUCCAAGCAGGGUUGGGCUGGCAUAAUGUAGGUGACAUUCUGGUGGUCAUGGGUGGAAGUGAGGCCUGAUGGAAAUCUGCCUCAGGAUGUUUCCUUCAGGUUUGUGAAGAACUUGAGGAAAUCCAGUCCUGGGGAAUACAAGGAAAACCAUGCAAAGCCUGUAGCUUGCAUAGUGUGCUGUAAUGUGUGCCAGUGCUUUGGGUCUGGUACCCAACACCUGAUUCCAGCUUUUGAAGACUGAUUGUUGAAGGGAAAACCUGAAUAAUCUGGAGAAAUAAAUGAAUGUGGAGAGCUGUACUUGAAGAAGUCUUGAUUUGCAAAUCUGGCAGAAAUUACGUUUACAGACGGAAUCCAGAAGUAUUGUUUUAUAUGUUAGGUACUCUGCUAAUAAAUAAAUACUAAUAAAGUGUCCCUUGUAAAUACCAAAACCAUGACACUAAACUAUUAGAGGGAAAAGGAAAAUACUUUUGAAGGUAGAUUUGUCUCAAGCAAAGGGGCAUAACUGCAUGCUCAGAUGUUUCUUUUCCAUCUCUGACCCUUCAGUAUUGAUAUAUGCAACUUUGCAGAAGAGUUGGUCAGGAAGGAGGUGUGAAAAAAAGAUAAUAAAGAAUUGUUUUGCUUUCUUCAAGAUGAAAAUCACCUAAAUUCCCAACACUUAUAGUACUGUUUUCAUUGCCAUACACCAGACUCAUGUCUGGAUGACAUUUUGCUUUAACAAUGAUGUAAUGAUGUGAUGAAAAAUCUUGCAUAGGAGGGUACCUCAUCUACUGUGUCAGAUGAAGUUUUCAACAAGUUAAUAAUUCUUCAGUGUUGGACCAAAGUAUGAAAAAUCCGAUUUUAUCAAAAGAAAGUGAGUAUCUUUCUUCAUCAUCUCAGAAAGAUUACACUGGAAGGUGAAAUCGGAGCAGAGGAUGACCGAGUACAACCAUUCAGCACAGUUCUCUCUCCAGAGCUCAGCAAAUAAAUCAUUAAAUCUCACUGAAACACCGCUGUCUUGGGAUGAAAGGACACUCCUAGGGCUGAAGAUUUCACUGUCAAUCUUUCUGUCUGUUAUAACUCUGGCAACAAUCCUUGCAAAUGUUUUUGUGGUUAUCACAAUUUUUCUGACUAGAAAGCUCCACACACCUGCAAAUUACCUCAUUGGCUCCUUGGCAGUGACCGAUCUUUUAGUGUCUGUCCUCGUGAUGCCAGUCAGCAUUGCCUACACUGUCACCCACUCGUGGGCCUUUGGCCAGCUGCUGUGUGACAUCUGGUUGUCAUCAGACAUCACGUGCUGCACAGCCUCCAUCCUCCACCUCUGUGUCAUUGCACUGGACAGAUACUGGGCUAUCACAGACGCUUUGGAAUACACCAAACGCCGCACUGCUGGCCGAGCAGCCCUCAUGAUUGCCGUGGUCUGGAUGAUAUCCAUCAGUAUCUCGGUGCCACCCUUUUUCUGGAGGCAAGUGAAAGCUCAUGAAGAAAUUGCCAAGUGUGCUGUAAACACAGAUCAAAUUUCCUACACGAUUUAUUCUACUUGUGGAGCUUUCUACAUCCCAACCGUGCUCCUCCUGAUAUUGUAUGGCAGAAUUUAUGUAGCAGCUCGAUCCAGGAUUCUGAAGCCACCCUCAUUGUAUGGGAAACGUUUUACUACUGCACACCUGAUUACUGGUUCUGCAGGCUCUUCCCUCUGCUCCAUUAAUGCUAGCCUCCAUGAAGGACAUUCCCAUUCAGGUAGAUCCCCAAUAUUUAUUGGUCAUGUUAAAAUAAAACUUGCAGAUAGUGCGCUGGAAAGGAAAAGAAUUUCUGCUGCAAGAGAAAGGAAAGCUACCAAAACUUUAGGCAUUAUUCUAGGAGCUUUCAUUUUCUGCUGGCUGCCUUUUUUUGUCACAUCCCUAGUCCUACCAAUCUGCCAAGAUGCCUGUUGGUUUCAUCCCAUCCUACUGGACUUUUUUACCUGGUUGGGUUACCUAAACUCAUUAAUCAAUCCAGUCAUUUAUACAGCUUUUAAUGAAGAAUUUAAACAGGCUUUCCAAAAACUAAUACUUUUCAAAAAGUGUUCCUCUUGAGACUCUCCUCUUGUGUAACCAACCUUUGUGCAAUCUCACAGCCUACCUGCAACUUUCCACGCUUUUAUUCCUAAGGAAAGGAGUGGUAAUUGCCAUCUCUGCUGCUACCCUGUUCUGUGCAUGUAACUGGGAAUUUCUUGCCAAUUUGAUACUUUCUGUCUGGGAUUGUACAUUGGCAUGAACUUGUCCAUGGUCUCUGCAGUGAUCAUGUCUGUAUAUAAGAUCAAUGACACGUGAAAUAAACUUUCCAACGAGGCAAGGUGUGUGAACAACCAGGGAGCUUGUCUUGUGUGAUGAGGUGACUCGUUAUCCAGUUCUACCACACUUUCUAACCUAAUGGGAGGAAAUUGUGUGUUGUAUUUACAAGACCUGAGUAUUUCUGCUGUAUAUUAUUAACCAUUUAUUUCGGCUGAGAAAGUUUCUGGAGAGCAGGAUCUGAUACUUACAUUUUCUGUGGCACGUAUCUUACCCAUGUGAAGCUGAUAAAACCUGUAACUUUUUCAGGAGAUGUGUGACACAGCCUGACUAUAAUCAGCAGCAGGGCAGAGCAGCAUAGCACAGAUGUAAAUUAUUUGGAUAUUUCACAAAUGCUGCACUGGGAGCUGUGCUUUUGGUGAAGUGUAGAAAGGAGACAAUUUAUUUGAAUUAAUUAUUACACAUUUUGUCAUGAACAGCCACUGCAGAAAUGCUACAAAAUAAAUAGCAUGAAAAUGAUUGAUCUUAUAUUUCUGUCAUUUAAUGUUUUUGCGUGCAUAAACUGAAACAGGAGAAUAUGGUUAGUGCCAGUGUGGAAUGACUAGGACCUCAUAAAAUAGCCAGAAGACUCACUCCUUGGUGACAAGAUAUGGGAAGUUAGAGAGGGGAGAACAAAGUGACACACCAAGAAAAUUUUCCUUAGUAAUUAAGAUUGUUGGGGUAGAUGUGGCAUCCCUGUCUUUGGUAUUCUUUGAGUACUGGUCAAACAAACUGGCCAGAAAUCACUGUCAGGACCCUCUGCUGGGGUCACAGAGCAGGUCCCUUCUAACACACACUUCCCUGAUUUGGCAGGUGGGAAGCUGGCUCAUGGAGGUCUUGGAUGAAGUCUCAGACAAGUGGUGCAGCCCAAAUUUCAUGCAACGUUUUAGUCUCUGGGCAUUUUAUGUCAGAAGUGUAUAGUGAGUAUGAGAGCCAUGCACUGCUGUGAAAAUCACCCCAUCAUCCUUCUGACUGCCCUUCCACCUCUCAGCCUGCCCCAGUUCAUCCCCACCAUCCACUGCUGUGGCCAUCCCAGCACACUCCACCACAGGGCAUGUCCCACUACAGCUUUCAGCCUCUCCUUUGCAUUUGUAGCUCAGCAUUGCAGCUUCUCCCAGUUGCUGGUGCCUCUGCAGAGGAUGAAGCAUAAAGUGAUGCCCCAGGACCACCCACAUGCAGCAGAGUCAGAGCAGUUGUGUGCUCAUAGAACAGCAGUCCUCUCUCUCACUGAAGGCAUUUAAGGCUCCUCUGUUUGGGACAUGGCUCUUCUAUUCUCCCAAAAUUACAGAUCAUGGUCCUGGAAGGGCCCUUGAGAGACUGGCUAGUGCAUUCCCUGCCUGAAACAACUAUGCUUUUGUUCUCUUCCUGCAUUUCCUACUCUUGAAGACUUCCAAUGAUGAACAGAAUGGCAAAAUACAACAUAGGAAGAUUAUCCAACACUCUUCUUUGACACAGUUUAAUUCAAGAAUAAACAAAGUAGGCCCUUUCUUUGAUUAGAUUAUAGGUUAGUUUUAAAAGGCACAUGGUCUAAUAUUACACCAUUCUUGUUAGUAAAUAUUUGAUAGUGUGCCUCACUAAUUUAUAUUGGAAAAAACAGUGAUAUGGAACUGGCAGAUGAAAACACUUGCUAGGGAUGAUCAUAAAUUAAAGAUAAAUGACACCCACAGCCUCUGAGUUGAAAGGAGGAGGCUCUCAUGUCACAGAGGUCAAUGUCCAUAUUUACCAUGUUUUACAAUUCUCUGUGAAUUGCUGUCCAGAGCACACAAAUGCAUUUCACAGAAGGUACAUGAGGGUUGAGUGGUAUCUCAGUGCCUCUCCAGUGAAGUUCUUACAAUACUGAGCACAGAGGUAAGUUAAAACAUGUUAUAUUUGUAUAGAAGUACAUAUAGAUAUGUCCAAGAAGAUAGUUAUUUCAAUGAUCAUGUAAAAUGUAUUGAAUACAGAAGAAAUAGCUAAAUAUAUGUCAAAGCAUGUGUGUUCACUGCAGCACCCUGCAAUUAAAUUCCAGGUUAUUUGCAGGUUAUCCCUACAACCAGGGAAGAGGAUAAGUGUCAGCAAUGAGGAGUCACCAUGACUGAAGUCUGCCAGGACAAUGAAAGUGGAACAUGAUCCCUCCUCCUAGGACAAACCUGAACCUUGCUACAUAAAAGAAAGAUGCUCAUUGAAAGCCUGUGGGUUGAAGCAAUCCCACCAUGCUCACCAAUGUGAAAACAGCUCCUUGUCAGGGGAGAACAAAGGAACAAAUGCUGUAUAUGCAAGACUACUUAAGUAUAUGAAACCCUAUUGAUGAACAGAUCACAUCCUCACAAACAAAUGUGCCCCAAAGUCCUCUUCUGUUUUGUAUAUGUGACCAGUCUAUGGCAUGAUGGAAAUGUUUUUGCAGAAUACACUUUAUAACACAGUA